UGCUUUGGGCGCCACGUACCAACACGGGCGGCACCCUGGCGCGGUGCGAUCGUCGCCACAUAUCGAUAGCGUCGCGUCGCCACGCGUGUCGGAACCCGUCAACGCACUGAGAACGUCGAGCUGUGUGGACAGCGCAAUUCUGGUUUGUCAAAAAUAAAAGAGCCUGCGACGUGGACGGGGCUAGUCUGGGAGACGCCGAGAGUACAACUGACCAUGGACCUCGCACCGCUCUUGACGCGGGAUGCGCCGCACUGGCUGCAGCGCGCGAUGCUGCAAGUCGCGCAGCGCAACUCGGAGCGUGUCCACGCGCUCGCGUCGACCGCCACCUUUGCGCCGUCGACGAACGCAAUCUCGACGGUCGACGCGCCUGCGAUCGUCGCGCAGCAGCACGUGGAGGCGACGUUUGACGAAGUCAUCAACCUCCUCGCGUACGCCGAAGCCGCCGGUGGCUACAUGGCUUUUCCCGACUUUGUCGCGCUGCUGAGUCCACUGCCGACGCGCCGCGCCGCGCAGAUUUGCCGGUGGAUCGCGUCGCCGUCGUCGUUUCUCGACGUGGGCUACGUGGACGCCAAGCCGCCAAAUGGGCUCCUGUCGCGCUUUCAACGGUACACGUAUCUCCAGCACACGCGCGUUGAGGCGCAGGUGCGCACCUAUAGCCUGACGCUCGCACGCGAUUUCAAGGUCGACCAUACCUUUGUGACGGAAGUCGACGACCCCGUGUACUUUGGUCUUGUCGUUCGAGCGAUCAAUGCGAGAACGACCAUGGUCUCGGUUGCGGGCUGCGUCCCCCAUGGGACUGGCCGCGCGUUUGAUGCAGCGGCGCGAGUCUUUCUCGCCAAGCUUCAGCAGCGCGUGUACCAAGUGCGGUUUGAGGUGUUUGUGAGCCGCUUGCCGCCACAGCGGGUGGCGCGGCCUCCUGGUUGCCUGCGCCAGCUCUUUUGCCUCGCAUCGUGGCGGUCGAGCGCGGCGAAUGACGCCACCCUACGCGGCUGUCGUCGGUGCAAGGCGAGCCCUGCGAGCCGCCCGCGGUGCGCCAUCUGCCUCGAACGCUGCUGCAAACCAUGCAGCAUUGCGACGUACGGCAAGGUCGCGUGCCCACCCUGCGUGCGCCUCGCGCUCGCUCGGCCAUUCGUCGCCACGACCGGUGUUCGUCCCACGGCCUCUGUAGCGCCCAAGACCGACACGUUGGUCGACAUUUAGUCGUAUACCUGACUCUCAAUGCAGUAUUGUCU